CUCUCUCCCUCUCUCUCUCUGGAGCGGAUCUGACAGGCGCGCUCUCCGCUGGCCGCCCCGUGCCACCGCUGCUGCUGCAGGGGACCGAAUGGAGACAACCACCCGAGCCCAGCCACUGCCUCUUCCUUUCGCAGAGCUGCCGGCGACGCACGCCCGCAAGAACAUGUAGUGUUCGGCCGCGCGGUGACACAGACACAGCGAUUCUUCUUUUUUUUUUGUAUUUUAUUGGCGGAGCUUCAACUUCACCUUUCUCGUGUUGUCCCCCCCCAAAAAAAAACCUUCACGGUCGAUUGACGCGUGGAGAAAGUGAAAUCGAUUCCCCUCCACCGACAGGAUCCCUGAAUGGAAGACGGCUAGAGGGGUCGCCACGCCGAGGAACAGGCUGUGACAUUUUCUCCCUUUCUUCUCUUUUCCUCCAGUGUCCUUGUGCGUUUUUGUCGUCGCCUAAAAAAACAACAAAAAAAAAAAUCUGUGGCAGCGUCGACGGCCGCAGACGACACCGUCUGUGCCAUGGCUGUUGGCAUGAAAGAGCCAGAAACCUCCUCAGAAUGAGACGCGCAACAAGACUCGUGUUAUUGCGGAUUUAAAUGCCUCCAACCGUGGGACUUGUUGUUCUGCUCCGGUACGCGUGCGCGCUGCCUCCUAUUAAUAAUAAUAAUACUAAUAAUAAUAAACAAUUCACCGGCUGCUGAGACACACACAGACUCCAUCGGGUGGGUGAACACAAUCUACAGCGAAGAGAGGGAGAGUGGGGCUUUUUUCCCCCCAAGCAAUAUGGCUGGUGAGUGGGGCUGGGGACGCUGGCACAGGCUCUCCAAGGCUCCUAAAUGCUAGCUGAGGCAGAUGGCACCGUCCCCCAUGGAAGCGACAGCUCUAUGAGGACAAGCAAUAUCAAUAGUAAUAUUCUGAACCCGGACUCCUCGAUCCUCAUCUCCAAGAUGGUAGACGUUGUCAUCCCGUUCUCGUCCGAGGUGCCCUGCGACAAUAAUGGCCAGCGCAUGUGGUGGGCAUUCCUCGCCUCCUCCAUGGUGACGUUCUUCGGGGGGCUCUUCAUCAUCCUGCUGUGGAGGACCCUCAAGUACAUGUGGACUGUUUGCUGCCACUGCAACAUCAAACACAAGGAGGCUCAGAAGGUGAACAACCCCGCCAACAAUCAGGCAGCAGACAAGGCGCUAAAGGGUCCUGAUGAGAAGGAGGAGGUACCGAUCAGUGAGGUGGGAUGGAUGACUUCGGUCAAAGACUGGGCCGGCGUCAUGAUCUCGGCUCAGACGCUCACUGGCAGAGUCCUGGUGGUGUUAGUGUUUGCACUCAGCAUUGGGGCCCUUGGAAUAUACUUUAUAGACUCUUCAGAUCCUAUAGAAUCCUGCCAGAACUUCUACAAAGACUUCACGUUACAGAUCGAUAUGGCCUUUAACGUCUUCUUCCUCCUUUACUUUGGCCUGAGGUUCAUAGCAGCCAACGAUAAGCUGUGGUUCUGGCUGGAGGUCAACUCCGUGGUCGACUUCUUCACUGUUCCUCCCGUGUUUGUCUCCGUCUACUUAAACAGAAGCUGGCUCGGUUUAAGAUUCUUGAGGGCACUGAGAUUGAUACAGUUCUCUGAAAUCUUACAGUUUUUGAAUAUCUUGAAAACAAGCAAUUCCAUCAAGCUGGUUAACCUGUGCUCCAUCUUCAUCAGCACAUGGCUCACAGCUGCAGGAUUCAUACAUUUGGUGGAAAACUCAGGGGAUCCUUGGGAAAACUUCCAAAAUUCCCAGUCACUUUCCUAUUGGGAAUGUGUCUACUUGCUGAUGGUGACCAUGUCGACGGUGGGCUACGGGGACGUCUAUGCAAAAACCACCUUGGGGCGCCUGUUCAUGGUCUUCUUCAUCCUCGGUGGUUUGGCCAUGUUUGCCAGCUACGUCCCUGAAAUCAUAGAGUUAAUAGGAAACCGCAAGAAAUAUGGUGGUUCCUAUAGUGCGGUUAAUGGGAGAAAGCACAUUGUGGUCUGUGGUCAUAUUACCCUCGAAAGUGUCUCCAACUUCCUCAAAGACUUCCUACACAAGGACAGGGAUGAUGUCAAUGUAGAAAUUGUUUUUCUCCAUAAUAUUUCCCCUAAUCUUGAGCUGGAAGCCUUGUUCAAACGACAUUUUACCCAAGUCGAGUUCUACCAGGGAUCUGUUCUCAACCCUCACGAUCUGGCCCGUGUGAAGAUCGAGUCAGCAGAUGCCUGUUUGAUCCUAGCCAAUAAAUACUGCGCAGAUCCUGAUGCAGAGGAUGCCUCCAACAUCAUGAGGGUCAUUUCAAUCAAGAACUACCAUCCCAAGAUCAGAAUAAUCACGCAGAUGCUCCAGUAUCACAACAAGGCCCAUCUGCUGAACAUUCCGAGCUGGAACUGGAAGGAGGGUGACGAUGCUAUCUGCCUGGCGGAGCUGAAGGCAGGCUUCAUUGCCCAGAGCUGUCUGGCUCAGGGCCUGUCCACGAUGCUGGCCAACCUGUUCUCCAUGAGGUCCUUCAUUGAGAUCGAGGAGGACACAUGGCAGAAGUAUUACCUUGAAGGAGUGGCUAAUGAGAUGUACACAGAGUAUUUGUCCAGUGCCUUUGUGGGCCUCUCCUUCCCCACUGUCUGUGAACUAUGUUACGUGAAGCUGAAGCUGUUGCUCAUUGCCAUCGAAUACAAGUCUGAGCAGAGAGAGAGCAGAAGCCGAAAGCGCAUCCUCAUCAACCCGGGAAACCACGUCAAGAUGCAGGAGGGAACACUGGGGUUCUUUAUCGCCAGUGACGCCAAAGAAGUGAAGAGAGCUUUUUUCUACUGCAAAGCUUGUCACGAUGACAUCACAGACCCUAAGCGGAUCAAGAAGUGCGGCUGCAAACGACUGAUUUAUUCCAAAUAUAAGUAUAAUGGAUAUGUCAGAUCACCAGCAGAUGGCGCUACAACACCAGGGAACAGUGGAAGUCAAAAAGAGGCUGGCGUUCGAUUCAAAGCCGAUUGCAAUUUAGUUGAAGACGAGCAUCCGUCGACGCUCUCACCCAAAAAAAAGCAGCGCAACGGAGGGAUGCGGAACUCGCCCAACUGCUCGCCCAAGAUGAUGAGUCGACACGACCCCCUUCUAAUUCCUGGAAAUGAACAAAUCGAGAACAUGGACAUGAACGUGAAGAGGUAUGAUUCGACAGGGAUGUUUCACUGGUGCCCGUCUAAGGAGAUCGAAAAAGUCAUCCUGACCCGGAGUGAAGCCUCCAUGACGGUGCUGAGCGGCCAUGUAGUGGUCUGUAUAUUUGGGGAUGUCACGUCCGCUUUGGUGGGGCUGCGAAACUUGGUGAUGCCUUUAAGAGCCAGCAACUUCCAUUACCACGAGCUGAAGCCCAUAGUGUUUGUGGGCUCGCUGGAUUACCUGCGGAGAGAGUGGGAAACUUUACACAACUUCCCCAAGGUCUCCAUCUUACCUGGUACACCAUUAAGUCGGGCAGAUUUAAGGGCUGUCAACAUCAACCUCUGCGACAUGUGUGUAAUCCUGUCAGCCAAUCAGAACAAUAUCGAAGACACCUCACUGCAGGAUAAGGAAUGCAUCUUGGCAUCGCUCAACAUCAAAUCUAUGCAGUUUGAUGACAGCAUCGGGGUCUUACAGGCUAAUUCCCAAGGUUUCACGCCUCCUGGAAUGGACAGGUCAUCUCCAGACAGCAGUCCAGUACAUGGCUUCGUGCGUCAGGCUUCCGUCACCACCGGAUCCAACAUCCCCAUCAUCACAGAACUAGUGAACGACUCAAACGUUCAGUUCCUGGACCAAGAUGAUGAUGAUGACCCAGACACAGAGCUGUACCUCACUCAGCCCUUCGCCUGCGGCACUGCUUUCGCUGUCAGUGUGCUCGACUCCCUGAUGAGCGCUACAUAUUUCAAUGACAACAUUCUCACACUGAUCCGGACGCUGGUCACAGGGGGAGCCACACCAGAGCUGGAGGCUCUGUUAGCUGAGGAGAACGCUCUCAGAGGCGGCUACAGCACGCCGCAGACGCUGGCCAACAGAGACAGGUGUCGUGUCGCCCAACUAGCCCUCUACGAUGGGCCGUUUGCUGACUUGGGGGAUGGUGGUUGCUACGGAGACUUAUUCUGUAAAGCACUGAAGACCUACAACAUGCUGUGUUUCGGAAUCUACAGAUUAAGAGAUGCACAUAUCAGUACACCAAGCCAGUGUACAAAACGAUAUGUGAUCACAAACCCACCAUACGAGUUUGAGCUGGUGCCCACAGACCUGAUCUUCUGCCUCAUGCAGUUCGACCACAACGCGGGCCAGUCGCGGACAAGCCUGUCCCACUCUUCCCACUCCUCCCAUUCCUCCAGCAAAAAGAGCUCCUCUGUCCACUCCAUCCCACCCUCCAACCGGCAGAACCGCAGCAGUAAGACCCGGGAGACCCGCGACAAACAGAAUGCAACAAGGAUGAAUAGAAUGGGCCAAGAAAAGAAAUGGUUUACAGAUGAACCAGAAAAUGCCUACCCACGGAACAUUCAGAUCAAGCCCAUGAGCACUCACAUGGCCAACCAAGUCAACCAAUACAAAUCCACCAGUAGUCUGAUUCCACCAAUCAGGGAAGUUGAAGAUGAAUGCUGAACACCAGGUUUUCCUGCUGGCUCACCAGACAUCUGUACGCUCUUUCCAGAGAGAUGGGACGAGAUCACCAGAGGGGGAGGGAUGAUGAUGAUGAUGAUGAAGACUGACACAUUUCUCUUCACUCAUUCUUCUAAUCAAGGGUUCGGCAGGAACCCCAAACUGGAUGGGACCUCCUAUGUGUAUACCUUUAAUGUUACUUCCAUGCUCUUGGACAUUUGUUUUAUUUAUUAAUGUAUCCAUAGAGAUGUACAUAAUGACAAUCAAAUAAGGAUUGUACAGCCCCUCCCCCCUAGCACUUUUUGGAAUUAUUUUAAGAGUUGACGAAGAAAAAAAAGAAACGUACUUCCUGUAAUUCUUUGCAAUAGUUCACCUCUUCCUGUGACCAGACUCCAUGGCUGAGGUGCCUGGUUACUGGAGGAUGAGGGUUGCAGCGACAAACUGAUCAUAUCAUCUCCCAAAGAUUCGCCCAGAUGUCAAACCAGCUGGGGUCAUCAGCUUCAUAUGUCCGGUCUGCUUCUGUUCUAUUUGCACUAAAACUGAAAAAAAAAAGUUUCUUUUGACAGAACUGGAACCAUCCAACCCCCCCAAAGAAAAUGACUCAGAGGAAAGGAAGGAAGGAAGAAGGAUGAAAGGAAGGAAGGAAGGAAGGAAGGAAGGGUUGCUUGGCUUCAGAGUUAUACUAACCUUGCUCUUAGGUUGUUAACACACCAUGUCAUUGUUUAAGGUUUGCUACUUCUCUCAGACAACGUCAUCACGCAAAACAGUUUGGUCUACGCACGCAGAGAAUGGUGCGAUGUUGGUGUGUGCUGGCUGAAAGAGAAACUCUGGUACCCACAUGUCUUCUGCUGAUACGUCAGAUCAUAAAGCCUGUGACUGCUUCAAGCUCCUAUCGCAUGAUACAUGCCUGAGCCCCCCUUUGUAACAGAUGCAGUGCAGUCGAUCAACCUGAAUACAUGAAGAUGACGAGAAACUCCCGGUCCAUCAUGGGUUCAGGAGAAUUUAUGUACACGCUGUGUGUGUGUGUGUGUG